AUGAAGCUACAGUAUCACCUGUUGUUAUUCACGUUCCUCCUAUCGGAAAACGUACUUUGUCAUAAAAGCAUUUCUGAAAAUGUAAAGGAUGGCUCCGCUGUAAGGAACCAGGGGGGUUGUGUUGGAAGCGAGAACCUGACCCACGGUGGAAAAAAGGCAUUAUGGGCAUGGGGUGGAAACGAUAAAAAGGGCGAAGGUAACAAAAGUAGCAAUCGGGAGCAAGGACUCAUGUCUUCUGUAGUCGGCUCAGUGAAACGAAUGCUCUUUUUUAAUGACAAGGAAAUUGAAAACCAUGUCCAAGGGAUCAGUGACAAUGUACAAGAAAUGAAAGAUGGAAUGAUAAAAAAUUCCUCCAAUAUAGUUAAGCACGCAAGUAAAAUAAAAGAUGAAUUACAAAAAAACACAGCCUACUGGGCCAAUGUCGUUAAAACAACUGUCAGUGAGGAGCUACAUCAGAUCGACCAAUUCAGCAAAGACCAGUUAGACAAACUGAGGAAGAAUCCUGAGAACAAAUUUUUUUUCACCAAACUGUUCAGUGCGGGCAGUGCGGCAGCGGAUACUUCCUCUCCCCAUAAGGACAAGGAAAACAAAAAUGGAGGAGAAGGUGGUGUUCUGUUGAAGGGACCAAAUGGACAUAACGACCCUCAGGUAGAGAAGGAACAAAAGGAUAAAUCGUUCUGGGACUUAAUGCACACAAGGGGUCGUAAUGCAUCCUCCACACCAGAUGGUAAGGAACCAAGUAAAGGCUUCUUGCGUAUGUUUAAAGGGGAUACAACUGAACCAAGUAACAGCGCAGAGAAAAAAGAACCAUCCUUCUCGUGGUUUGGUAUGCAGUCCUCUGAAAAUGGCGUUCUCAAUGGAAAGAACUCUCCAGAAGCGAAAAGUGUAAACGGAACGAAGGGCCAGGAGGUGAAGAAAAAGUCGUUCCUCUCCCACUUCACUUCAGAAUCCAAUGAGGAAGGAAACUUGCCAAAGGGAUCUGCCACUCAGCAGAACAAUGCCAAUGACGAUACGGAGAAGAACCACACAUUUUCGUUUAACUUCUUCAAAAAGAAGGAAAACAAUGAAGAGUUCUCUUCUGGGCCCAUCUCAGAGGAGGAUGAACAACAGAACGACUCACAACCAAAUGUUAAGAGAACCUUCUUCCAGUGGUUCAAUUCCCCUCCUAAAGGAGAAAAGGAUGAUGAACACUUGUCGAACAAGGAACAUUCUGGAGGAAUGACACAAGACUCGCUUAAGGGAUCCCAACAUGGAGAAGCGAAUGAACAGGGAGAGGAAAAUAAAUCCCCCUUCUCCGUUUUCAACAUGUGGAAAGGGCCACAUAAAGAGAAGGAGGAAAAGCAAAAAGAGGAAGUGGAAACGGAUAUAGAAAGCAAGGCUAGUGAAGUAACCGAUGGGGACAGUUCAGAAAAAAAUAAAAAUGGAAAAAGUUUUUUUUUCAACCCUUUUGGUGGAUUAAAAUCUGAAGGAGAAUCAUCUCACACAGAAGUUACAAAUCCGGGAGAAACAACCAACGCAGAAGGAAUAGCACACUCCGAAUUGAACAGAAGAAGUGGUUUUUUGGUUGAUAUCAUGAAGAAUAUUUACGAUGGAAAGAGUGAUGAAACGGGUGAAAAGGCGGAAAAGAUUCUAUCCUUCAUACACACGGAGCACGAGCACGAUGUGAAUACCAACUGCCACCCACUGGUAUCCUUCAAAACGUGCCUGAGUACGUGCUUCAAUGUACCUCCUGCAGUCGAAGGAGAGAACAACGAUGGGCCUAACGAGAAGAAGAAGAAUCUAUCCGUUGGUGACUACAAAAAGUUAGAAAAGUGUAUCUCAACAUGUAGAAACAGGAAUUUCAAUGAACAAACUCCUGGGUGCGCAACGAAAGAUGGCUCCGUUAUUACCAAUAAUAAAAUAAAUUACGAAGAAAAACUGAAGAAUCUGGAGAACAGUAACUACACUUGGGAGCAACAAUCCUCUGUUUUUACCGAUUUGACACUACGUGAUAAGUAUUCCGAUGAGGAAGAAAAACAAGCGGUGAAAAUUCCUAACGGGGAAAUGCUCUCGGGUAACUCCACCUGGAUGAUGGAUGCAUCUGGAAAACACCUCUCUGUUGCACAGAGAGAGGAGAAAAGUGGUUCUGACAAAAUUCCCACCCUGUCUGACAGCCCAUUGGGGACUCACUUGUACAGUAUGGAUACUGGCAACAGCAGCAUGGGUGUACAUAAGAGGGAAUCCACUGAUGGAAAGAAUACCAUGGUUGGGGAGAACUCCUUCAGCUUUUUUAAAGGCUUUGCACCUCAAACGGGUUCUACAUCUGAUGUUGUGAACACGCUGGGUGCAACCAAACCGUUGCACGAACCUCAUGGGAAAAACAAGGCUUCUACAGAUGGUGCAGUGGCCAAGUUAAAUUCAGAAAUGGGCACACACGGGGAGGAUCUGGAAAGGGCACAAGGGCGCAGCGGAGACAACAAUGAUGACAAUGACGAUGAUGAUGAUGAUGAAGAAGAAGACAUGAACAUCUUCAGAUACAUAUCGAAGGGAUUCUUCCUACUCCUACUGCUCCUUACCUUCUUUGUCUACCUCUCCGCCUUCACCAACAUUAUCACUCAGUUUUACGUAUCAUUCAAGGAGAAGGUGUGCCUUUAUAUAAAGGGGCACUGUACUUCCCCCUUCCAUCAGCCACAUGCAGAAUCCACGCAGGCUUUCUUAACCAAGGAAAGUCAACACUCCUAUGCUACCCCCUUGCACAGCUCCUACGACAACCUAUACCACGCUUUCCACGAUAACACCUGCGAUGUGGCUUGA